AGAUCUGGGGAGAACCCAUGUGAUAUCCGCCUGCUAAGGUUAAAUUGGACCCUUGUAAGCUCCAGUUGGUGCCCACCAGGGACAUCGUGGCACGGCAAAGCACAACGUCAGGCGGGCAGCUUCAGCCCGACAGCGCAGAACUCGGUCCCCUCGCAAUGGAAUGGAGGCCCAGCCAUGCUCUGCUGCCAUUCCUGCCAACGUUUGAAGCCAGCCAGUUCCAUUGUCCACGGCAGGUUCGUUAGGUGCGAGGGCAUCUGCCAGCAGCACCUGGCAACCCGAAGCGCGCUCCCCUCCACCCCGCUCCCCCAACGAAACUCAUCUGUGACGGAAUUGGUCGUCAAGUCGGGGCCAGUGGGUGAGCCUCACACACCCUCGUCUACCCUCGCCAGCGCAGGAUAGUCCCGUCGGAUCCAAGUCAUCCUCUGAUCCUAUGGUCAAUCGCUCCCUCAUCACGCUGCGCUUGGCCCUACCGGUGGUGUGAUUACUCGCGGCACGCCCCAUCGCUCCUGAGCUGUAUACUCCAUCCGGUCGUCAUCUCCAAACCGCUAAUGCCUUGAACUUCGCUUUCCGAUUUUCAAUUUAUUUGAAUCCCAACCCCUUCUCCCCAGCUUCAACCCCCUCUUCGUUUCUUCCCCCCUGCGACUCAAUACCGUGAACUUCACUCACCGUCCUUUCCUCGACAAUUCUGCCCUUUCGUUCGGGCAAUCAGCGUCUAUCAUCUUCCCCCGAAUCGAGUAACGCCGAUAUCCCCGCAACUCGAGCCACCGACGACAUAGUAGUGUAUACGAAUGAUUGGGCCCACCGCCACAGACGGCUCGAGCAGCAGCUGGUCCCCAUAAUCGAAGAUUCCAGAGCGCAUCGAAACGCCCGCUCCACCAACUUGAUACAUUGAUUUGGCUGCCAGCUUUAGGAGGCGUUUCCGGCGUAUAUCAGGUGCACGCGGUGAUCAGCCGCUCCUGAUCCCACGAUGCGUACUCCACGAGUUGCCAUAUUGGUCCUCUUCUUCUCUGCCUCGGUGUUCCUCUUCUGUCGUGCCGUAGCGUCAUCCCGCCGCGCGAGCCCAGCAGUUUCGCAUCUCGCACCUGAAACGUCCGGGUUGCGAUCCUUCUUCUCGUUUAGAGCCCCGUUUACGCUGUUUCCUCCCAAUGCAGCCAUCAGUCUCUUUGACGACAACAGCACCUUUUUCCCGGCACGGCCUGCGAUAUUCGGGCCACCACUCCCGAAAGACGGGCUUAGUGGGCAACUUUGGGCGGGGAGUGGGUUUACAGAUGACAAUCUCCAAGAUGGGCAGGGUGAAGGCGAGCUUGGUUGUAGUGAUUUGGUGGGGUGGGAGGGUGCGCCGGGCCGGCUGUCUAUCAAGAUGCCGAAACAAUCACCAACAAGAGACACGACCGACAGUACCACGUUCGAUCACAAAAGGUUCAAGCGGAGCAACAGUGUAGACGGUUCUGCGGCUGAUCACGAGACCAUCUCGAGAACACACUCAAGCAAGCUGAACGUGGAAACGGUGGCCGAUGAUGGGACGGAUGAUUAUCUACAUCAAGGAUUUCGAACAGAUAAAAAUGCUUUCGUCGACCCUCCCACAACCUCGAGCUCAGGCCAUGCAGACAUCCAGUCGAUCCAAGAGACAGCCGAGAUAACUGGCAAGAUUGUGCUAUUGAGCCGAGGUGGUUGCGGAUUCCUCGAAAAGGUCAAAUGGGCACAGCGGCGUGGAGCGAUUGCACUCAUCGUUGGUGAUAACCAGAAGGGCGGGCCACUGAUUCAAAUGUCCGCACGCGGGAAUGUUGAUAACGUUACUAUCCCAUCUGUUUUUACCUCGAGAACUACCGCCCACCUCUUAUCCUCUUUGAUGCAACCAGGAAGUUUCCUUCAGGAUAUUCUCGAUGAGAGCGGUUAUCCGAUUUCAAACGUCCAGCAUUCUGGCAAGACCAAGAAAAGAAAAUCGCCUAAAUGGUCCGCAAAGCACGCCAGAUCUACACCUGAAACCAACUCCAAACGACAGUUGACCAAGGUAACAGGUCCUCAGGGAAGCGUGUCAGACAGUGGUACUCAAUCCAGCCCUUCGCACAGAAGCUGGAUUUCGCAGCUCUUUCAUCGGGGCCCUGUCAGUGACAGCGCGACUGAUAAAAGCCGGCCUCCAAGCAGCGGCUCUUUGGAUUGGAUCAUAGUGGACGACUGGAGUGAUGAAAAAGAUAAAGUGAUCAAAACCGGUCUUGACAAGACUUCCAGGAGCAUUGGCGAUAACUCUGCCUUGGCUUCGGACUCUGGCAGAAUCCCUGAAGAUGGUUUCCAGAUUGGAGUUCAAGACUGGCGCGACCCUGAUUUGGCUUCCUCUUCGCCCAAGAACAGCGCAUCAUCUGUUCGCCACGGUGGUGAUGAUUCCGCCGGUGAUGAGCAAGGGGCUGGUACCUCCGGUGCUUCCUCCAAGCAGCCCGGCAAGACUAGCCAAAGUGAUACGAACGGACCGCAAGGAGGCAGCAUUACUCCUGGCAGCGGCCGGUACGACCGCGAGGUCUUAGCAGGCUCGCAGUCUGGACAACGGAGCUCCGACUCAUCUUCAGGUUCCUCGGGUGGGUUGAUGUCCAAGAUAUUUGGCGAGGACGACGGCGAAGAUUUCCCUCCGUAUGAGAUACCGUCUUUCUACGCCGAGAAAUCAUCGCCGCCAGCUGCAAUUAACCGGGCGGGAAAUCGAGAAGGGCUAUGGAUUACUAUAACACCCACAAGCGGUGCCAGUCCGUUUUUCGACACCCUUCUUGUUCUGGUAAUAAGCCCUCUUAUUACUUUGACAGUUGUAUACGCUCUUCUUAUACUUCGCGCCAAAAUCCGUAGACGGAGAUGGAGAGCCCCGAAAUCCGUUGUGGAACGUCUUCCGGUACGGACUUACCAUACUGUUCCUCGUUCGCCAAGUCAAUCGUCGAGGGUGCCAUCUCCCAGCGGUGCCUCAACCCCUACGACUCCGUUACUACAAGGGCCAUCUAGAUCUCGACCAAGGUCUCGUACAACGACAGGAGUCCCUGAACCCGCGGACUUGUUGAGGGUAGAUAGUGCCCUGCAAGCGGCGAGGGUGCCGGCUCACGAGAAAGGAACCACUCGCGCUAGCCAGUGGAAGAAGUACAUGGGACGGCAGAGGGAGUGUGCCAUUUGCUUGGAGGAAUACGUGGAUGGAGUUAGCAGGGUAAUGAGUUUGCCCUGCGGUCAUGAGUUCCAUGCGGAAUGCAUAACGCCCUGGCUCACCACUAGGCGUCGCACAUGCCCUAUCUGUAAAGGCGAUGUUGUCAGGUCUUUGGCACGAGGGUCUUCGUCUACCCCGCGCUACGAGCCAUACCGCGAUGAUGAUAGUGAGGAGGAGGAUGGCGGUCAGGCUUCUGGGUCUGGAGACAACAUGUUUAGAUCCGAGUCCCCGGCGAGGAACACUGAUGUUGAGCAAGGAAGAGCUGCGGCUUCAGCUCCUGAGAGAGGGCGAGGCGGUUUCGAUAUUGGCGAUGGGUGGUUCAGCGCCUUGUCGAACAGUCUCGGGACUAGGCCGACAUUUCUAAGCCGAAGGACAGACCACGAGUGAGCUUCAGCAUGCGCAUUGAUAGAAGGAGAUACCUCGGGAGAUGGUCAUAGCAUACGGGUUUGGUUGAGACUCGAAUCGCAGCGGUUCAAGCUGCAGGAAUAUUCAUUCUUUUGUUACACCGCAUUUUACGCAGACAGGGACCAUUUGCGGACAUCAGGUACAGACAAGCGUUGGAAGUAGUUCGCGAACUCGGGACGCAAUGUCCUCCACGUUCGCUAAUUGGUGCAACCAGGCAGAUUGGUAUUAUGGACUUGUUCACUGUCAGUCUGAUCCGCGUUACAGUUUGUGUACGCAGAUAAAGUUGGAGAGCAAUGGUGUUGUGAAUGCCUCUUGCGGCGUCCUGCACAAGUCUAUGAAGGUAUUGAGCGGCCGUUGACCAUCACAAGCACUGAAUGUAAAAUGUACCGUGAGUGA